GUGGCCAUGGCUGAACACUUUAAAGAAGCAGGUAGAUGUCCUAUCUGCAUGACUUAUCUUGAAAAACCAAUAUACUUAAAAUGUGGAUAUGUCUGCUGCCUGCACUGCCUCAAUUCAUUGCAGAAGGAGCCCAAUGGGGAGGGUUUAUUGUGUCCCUCCUGCCCUAUUGUCUCUCAGAAGGAUGACAUCAGGCCCAAUUGCCAGCUGGGGGCCCUGGUUUUCAAGGUCAAGAAACUGGAACCCCACCUGAAAACUAUCCUACAGAUGAACUCAAGGAUGCUGAAGUUCCAAGUAGAUAUGACCUUGGAUGUUGACUCAGCCAAUAACCUCCUAAUCCUUUCUGAUGAUCUAAGGAGUGUCCGAUGUGGACUUAUAAAACAAAAUCGUAAGGAGUGUGCUGAGAGAUUCAACCACGCAAUCUGUGUUCUGGGCUCCUCUCGGUUCACUUCUGGUCGCCAUUACUGGAAGGUGGAUGUAGGAACAAGCAAAGAAUGGGAUCUGGGUGUUUGCAAAGAUUCUGUUCACCGACAGGGAACCAUUCCACGGUCUUCAGAUCAUGGCUUCUGGACUCUGGGUUUGAGAGAUGGAAAAGUUUUCUCAGCCAGCACUAAGCCACAGACUGCAGUCUGGGUGAAUCCCUGGUUACACCAAGUGGGGAUUUUCCUGGAUAUGGAUAUUGGAAACAUUUCUUUUUGUGACAUUACUGAUGGAUCCCAUAUCUUCACAUUCACCAAAAUUUCAGCUUCCAAGCCACUGCGUCCAUUUUUUUCUCCUUCAAUUUCAAGCAAUGGAGAUCAAGGCUCUCUGACUAUUUGUCCUGCAAUGAAUCCACACAUUCCAUUCCUCCAGCAUAACCCCAAAUAG